UAAACUUGGAGUUUUCAGAGGCUGUAAUUGUUCAGACUUUGACUGUGCAGCAAACUUUCCGUUGAGGUGAGGUGACACACUGACACACACAACAGGACGUCACAAUGCUUGACAUGAAGGACAGACUCUUCCUGAAACCUAAACUUUGUGACUUGGGGGCCUUGGUCUUGCAUCACACUGUUGUCCUGCUACUCCUAACAUACUCUUGCAGAGGUCAGCAGCACCUGAUUGGCCCAACUCAGCCAAUAGUGGCAAUGGUUGGUGAUGAUAUAGUCUUGCCAUGUUACCUGGAACCUUGUGUGGAUGCUUCUGCCAUGACAGUGGAGUGGGAAAGAUCUGACCUGAAGCAGAUCAUCUAUUUGAUGCGAGACAAUGUGGAAAUUCCAAUUGAGCAGAAUUCAUUGUACGAAAGCAGAACGUCACUGUCUACCAACAAACUGAAGUGUGGAGACAUUUCACUGAAACUCUCCAAAGUGAAACUCUCUGAUGCAGGGACGUACAAAUGCGUCAUUCCCAACUUGGAUACAUCUGUGGCCGAGGUCAUUGUGGGUUCUGUCUCCACACCUGACAUAACAAUGUCCAUAGUCAGCAAUGGCGUGACGUUAGAGUGUAAAUCUGGUAGCUGGUAUCCAGAGCCUGAGGUGCUAUGGUUGGACGAUGAGGGAAACCUCCUCUCUGCUGGACCUACAGAGACAGUCAGAGGUCCUGAUGGUCUCUAUACCGUCAGCAACAGAGUGACUGUGGAGAAGAGUCACAGCAACAGAUUCACCUGUAAAGUCCAACAGAACAACAUCAACAAGACCAGAGAGACACACGUUAAUGUCCCAGAUGAUUUCUUUCUGGUCCCGGCUGAUUCUGCUGUUCGCGUCAUCAUCUGCUUGGUUGUCUGCUUCAUGUCUAUAGCUACUGUUGUUGUUAUUAUGUGGAAAUGGGGACUAAACAAUCAAAAAGGAUCAAAACAUGGGAUCCCACCAAUCCCAGAGUUAGAACUUCAGCUUCUGAUGGAGGGACAACAAGAAGGAGAUCUGACCCGGGCAGAAAAGGUUGUUAACAAGAAAAAAGGAAAACAUGAUGAAGUGUUACAGAGCAAUACGGAAGACUUAAAGCAUGUGGAAGGUGUGAUUACAACACUGACGGAACAGAAGAUGGAUCUGAAGAACCAGAGAGAGAAACUCAUCUCACAACUGCAGGAAGUGAACACAAAGCUAAAGGAGAACGAGAAAAAGCUGAUGGACGGAUCAAAAUUGCAAAAAGAAAAAAAAGAAAUGAAGCGUAAAAAGAUCAAUGAGGAACUGGACCAGAGAAGGAAAGAACUUGAGGAACUGUUAAAGAACACUGAGAAACUUCUGGAGACUACAGAGGAUUUGAUUAUUAGAAUGACAGAAAGGAAAGCAAAACUAAAGAACGACAGGGAACAAAUUGAAAAACAACAAAAAGAGACAGAGACACAGAGAGAGGAGAUUCAGAGGAAACUUCAGUCAGAGAAAGAAGAGAAAGCAGAGGAAAAAGGUAGUGAAUUACCUAAAGGCGGAGAAUGAUUUUAUAACUUGAUCUUCAAUUGAAAUCACUAAAAUUGUAAAUAGUAAACAUUUUGUUCACUUACUUAUAUGCUCAGCUCAUGUGUGAUUGAAAAAGCAUUAAAAGGAGGAAUAAGCUGAGUAAGAUGCAUCAAUAAUCCGAUUCUUCAAUUUCAGUUUUAAUUCUGUUUGAUGCUGAUGUUUUAUUCUUUAAAAAAAAUGUUUUAUAGUGUAUAGCAUUGACUGUUUUGCAUGUGUUGUGAUUUUACAUCAUUUUGCUGUAUUCAUUUUCAGUUUGCAUGGGUCAGUCCUCCACUAACACAAGUAAUACUUUGUAGAAGUGAUUCCGAUGAUAAAUGAUAGUGCUUUGUUUAGUUU